UCGCACGCACGCGCGUCUUUUCGAGAUUCUUCGUCGGGUCCUGCGCGAAGCUUUCGCACCGGGAACGAUUUUAGUAGCGGUGCUGCCGCGACUGAGAAUUAACAUCCGACGUUCCCCAAUCCUCAAGCUCUAGGCCUCCAUCCUUCGCUUCAUAACCGCCGUUGCGUGUGUGCUAAAGUGCGGGUUUAUCCGGUGUGUGCUGAGAAAAGGGACGAGAGGACAUUUCUCACCGAGCCAAGAGAAGCGAGAGGAGCGUAGGAGCUGAAAAUAGCUUGGUUGGAGCAUCAGUUCAGUAGCGAGGGAAUGGCGCCGGGGGUCAGGAGUUGAACGGCAGCUUUGCGCCCGGACGCUCCCGAGCGAUGAACAGGUGACAAGCGAUGCCGAGCGAUAAAGCCACCGUUCCCGAAACAUGCGAGAAGAGGGAUUGAAGUACGCAAGAGGAUAAGGAGCCUGGUGCCAGUCCCUGGUGGUGCGUUCGAGCGAGGCUUGGGGGAGAGGGCGAAGUGACUCGAUCGAUCUGAGAGGACCCGACGAGAUGGCGCGCCCAGCGACUGCGGUAUCGGUGAUGCUUAUAGCGCUAACUGCUGGCCUACUCUUGGACGGCUGCCAGACCGAUGAGAAAGUUUCAUUUUAUGGAGCCAGUUACAUUCAUCUUUCGAUCCAGGAGGCGAAAAGUGCAACUGACAUCAGUUUUCGAUUUCGCACUCAUCUUGCUGACGCGAUGUUACUAUUAGCUGCUGGAAGGACAGAUUACUGCCUAAUAAAACUAGAGUCUGGAAGACUAAAGGUGCAUAUAAAUUUGGGUGCAGGCGAGAAGGAAUUAGCAAGUACCCGCGAGUUAACGCUCAAUGACCUCAGUUGGCACGAGGUCAAUCUAACAAGACGCGACGCUAACAUAACUCUCAGGAUUGACGUGAUUCACAGUAUGACCGACGUACUGCCAGGUCGCUUUUUUGAACUCAAUAUCAACUUUGGUGUGUACAUAGGUGGACAAGGAGGCUUUAAUGAGCUUUUUUUAGGUCAUACGGAGUAUCUACGCGGCUGCAUGGCCGACAUUGUUUACAAUGGGAUAUAUGUAAUUGAACAUGCGCGCAGUCGUAAAAAUUCUACUGAAGCCACCUCCGUUAGCUGGAGCUGUUCUGCAGAAUUUGAAGCUACCACAAGGACAGAUAUCAGCUUCGUCGAGGACGGCGCCUUUGCUGCUAUACCACGUGCUAUUCCUCGCUCAGGAACGAGAUGGGAAUUGGAAAUGAAAACUGCAGCGACAAAUGGACUCCUAUUGUUUAAUGCCGGCCAAUCAUCGCACGCAGACUUUCUGGGUAUCGAAGUCAUCGAUGGCAAAAUUCGCCUUCUGAUGAACAAGGGUAAUGGUCCAACUGAAUUACUACAUAAUCGACCAAUUUCUGAUGGAGUUUGGCAUCAGAUUCAAUUAGACUUUAAUCCAAAUUUCGUGGAUAUUAUUAUCGAUGGGCAGUCGUCUAACAUGUCAUUACCAACGGGCAACCGAUACCUCGACUUAGCUGAUACACUUUAUAUCGGUGGCACCGAACUUAAUAAACGCGCCAAAGCGCUUGCCAAAGGUAUCAAGUCUGGUGACGUUAGUUAUAAGGGAUGCCUAAGGAACAUGAUGCUGGAUGGUAAAGAACUUGGAUUGCCGCAUGUGAAGGUGAGCCAGGGUCUGGUAGUUAAUUGCAUCUGGGGUUUUCCGUGUGCCGAAGCCGAACCUUGCGUACCUGGAGCAAUGUGUUCUCAGCUGGGUGUUAGAUCCUUCAAGUGUACUUGCGAUCAAAGUCUUUGCAUCAAAUCGAAUUUCACAGAUGAAUACAAGUAUAACACAAAUUUGCCAGUGAGCUUGGAGAUGCUAUCGGUUAAACCAGUGAGUGUAGCGGAGGGUAGACGAGUAACUAUUAAUGAACAUAAUAUUGCUGUGACAUUGGAUAUUGCCAAAUUUGGUUUGAAUGAAUCUUUUUUUGUGUUCGUGUUAUUGACACCACCUGCUUACGGCUCUUUGCAUUUGGACAGAUCAUUGCUUGCUGUCAAAAUGCCCUUCAGCCUUUACGACCUAAAUCAACAAAAGAUAUUUUAUCAACACGAUGGAGGCGAGACUAUAGAAGAUAGUAUGGUCUUUAAAGUAGCCCUACAAGCCAAUUCGAGACAUUCGCUUCCGAGCUAUUUUCAAGACAGUCUGCGUUUUACGUUGCACGUUAAUGUGACUCCGGUUAAUGAUUCACCUCAUCUGGAGAUUCCAGUUAAUUCAAUACUGAAAUUGGCUCAAGGAACGCGAAAAACAUUGACCAAGGAUUUAGUGUGGGCAACUGAUGCUGACACACCCGUGGACUCACUCGUAUAUACAGUCCUGCCCAACGACAGUGAUAUUGGCCAUAUUGAGAGGAUCGGUGCCACUGGCUACGGAAGUCAGAUCGUUCACACCUUCACACAGGCAGAGCUUGGACGGGGGACGAUCGAUUACGUACACACUGGCAAAAACAAAACCAAAGCAAUUCUUGGAUUGAAACUUAGCGAUGGUGAAAAUAACAGUCCGCCUCAGUAUUUGCGUAUCAGCACUUAUCCGUUGAUUAUUAAGCCGAAAUAUAACACUGGAUUGGUUGUGGUUCACCGCUCGUUUGCCUAUCUAUCAUCCACUAAUCUUUCUUCAACGACCAAUGCUGAGGAUCCUCGAUUAGAAAUUCGAUAUAACAUUGUCAAACCGCCGCAAUAUGGGAUUUUGCAAAGACAACGCGACUCUAAUCAGCUGUGGAUCAAUACUGAUUAUUUUACUAGUCGUGACCUUGAUCAACAGACUAUUAGGUAUCUUCACAACGUAGGUAGCCCGCGCCAAGAUGGCUUCAAAUUUCAGACCAGUGUUCGUGAAGUUUAUUUUGCUACCACUUAUGACUUUAAUAUCAGUUUCAUUAAUCUCGAGCUUAUCGAAAUCCAUCGAAAUAGUAUCAAUUUCACAAACAGUGUCGAAGUUGUUAUUGAGUCACGAAAACUCAAGUUUCAGACUAAUCCACUUAUUACCGAUACUAAUAUGAUUAUUUACAGUCUGAUAGAAGAACCAAGAUUCGGUUACAUUUAUUUAGAUUAUGAAAGACUAAGAAAAGGUCAAACUUUCUCUCAACAAGAUAUUGACAGGAACAAACUUCGUUACAGACAUUUCAGGCAUGCUUUUUCUAACAUUGAUGAUUCAAUUGUAUUUAAAGUUAUUGUUCCUCAAUGCACUGAUAGAACUGCAUCGCUAAGUUUUCAUUAUUUACCAUCAAAAAGUUCUAUCCUGUCCGACAUUGUAGGAAACAUUCACGUAAUUGAAGGACAUCAAGUUCCUUUACAAAUAUCACGGACGAACUAUCGAGAUUUUGGCGUAACAUCAUUAACAUUCAAUAUAACGGAAAAACCACGACAUGGUUCAAUUAUGAUAUACAAUGAUACUUUACCAAUUAGAAUUAAAACUACCUACUUUACAUCAGAUGAACUUACAACUCAAUCUGUUUUAUAUGCUCACGAUGAUACGGAAACAACAAACGAUUCCUUUGAGUUCUUAGCUAUAUCUUCCGACGACGUAGAUUUCAUGUACAUUGGGAAGUUUUACGUAGAAAUUAAUUUAAACAAUGAUAAUCGACCUACACGAGCUAAUCGUAAAAUAUUGCAAGUAGUCUCGAGAUCGGAAAAGUUGAUUACCAAAGCUGAUCUACUUUACACAGAUAAAGAUUUAAAUACAAAGAGUAGUGAUUUAGUUUAUACGAUAAAGCAGAUAAGCAAUGGCGAACUAUUUAUGCUGAACGAGCCACAAUAUCAAAUCAAACGAUUUACGCAACAAGACAUCGAUUCUUAUAAAAUUGUAUACAGACAUAGAGGUGGUAAAUACGAGAGAAUUGACUUUACAGUGAGCGACGGUGAAUUAUUUACAAACGGCGAGCUCGAAAUACAAGCUGGCCAAGCUUAUGUAAAAUUAUUACUUCAAGAUGGAGCCGUUGUUCAAACCAAUCGUUCCAUCUUUUUGAGUUCGGAAGAUAUUGAUAUAGAAACAAAUUUGUACCUCAAUUCUACUGAAAUUGAUUUUAAUAUUUUAGAGAAACCUAAGUAUGGAUUUUUAUUGAAAUACAAUAAGGAAACAUCAACUUUUAAUGCAGAUGAUAUAAUGCGCAGAACAAUUAUAUAUAAACAUUUUGGAAUAACUUUAAAGAAAGAACAAUUAAAAGUGAAAGUGAAAGUGCGAGGAACUGAAGAUUCAGGCAUUUUUCCAAUCCAAGUAUUUCCAGAAAGUUAUUGGGAGCCAUUAACAGUACAAAAUAAUAAUACAGUUUAUGUAGAAGAGGCUACCAGUGUCAUUAUCAAUCGUAAGAGUUUGGAGAUUAGUCAUGCGGAUAUUCCUGCUAGUAGAAUAACUUAUCAUCUGAAAGAAUGGCCGAAAAACGGAUAUUUGGAGGUACAGUCACAUGAAGAUAACAUAGAUGAAGAGGAAGACGAAUUCGGUACACAUUUAGUUAAGCAUUUUGAACAAAAUCUGGUAAUAGAAGGGCGUGUAUAUUACGUACAAACAACGCCAAAUAAAACUCAUGAUCAAUUUGUGGUUGAUGUAACAAAUGGUAUUACAUGGCUUCGCAAUUUAACUGUGAAUAUUGUAAUAAUUCCCAAUAAAAUGUAUGUUAGCGCCAAAAAUUUAACAGUACUUGAAGGUAAAAGUAUGAUUUUACGUGAUUCGGAUUUUUAUACAGUAACGCCCUAUUUUGCUGGCAGGAUCACAGAUUACAGACUGAUCGAAAAGCCCGAGCAUGGAAAUAUAAUAGAUAUGAAAAAUAACCCUACGAGAAAAUUUUCUCAAACGCAAUUAGGCGCUAAAGAAAUUAUUUACAAAAAUAAUGGGGAUGAAUUGCCUACUGACUCUUUCAGAAUGCUUGCUAUAGCUGGAGAAAAAAUUAGCGAACCUUUCUAUGUAUGGAUCAACAUUUUACCUAUUAAUGAUGAAAUACCAGUUGUCUUAAAUAUGACGAAAUUUCGUAUUUGGCAAGGUGGUUCAAUAAUUGUUACGAAUCAGCAAUUAGGAACUAUGGAUAACGAUACAUUAGCAACUGACCUGGUUUAUAAUAUUAAUAAUGUAAUUAAUGGAUAUUUUUCUUUAUCUGGUACACCAAGGAUGGCAAUUUCUAAUUUUACCCAAGAGAUGAUCAAUGCAUUUAAAAUAAUGUUCACACACACAAAUGGAACUGAGGCGGAAUUCAAUUUUACAGUAAACGAUGGUUUGCACACUACGGGAGCACAUCAUGUUUCCUUUAAUACAAAACCUGUGAAAAUUAUGAUUAAACGCAAUUACGCUUUAAAUGUUUUUCCAUUAACGAGAAAAAUCAUUAGUGGUGAAUUACUGCUUUCUAAAUGCAGUGACGCCGAUCGGGACGUUAAAUACUUUAUACGGAAUGGACCGACUAUGGGAAAAAUUAUAAUGGAAACGAGUGAAGGGAUUUGGCUCGAAGUUGAUCGAUUUACACAGAAAGAUCUUAAUAAUAGUAAAGUGUCUUAUGAGCAUAAUAAACAAUUCAAUAACCUAACGGCAAAUGACAAUUUCAUCUUUGAUAUUGAAACACAUUUUACAGUUCCAAUAAAAAAUCAGGUUUUUAAAAUAGAUAUAUCUGUCUCCAGUGGUGGCUUACAUCGUUACGUAACCACAGUUCCAGUUAGAGUCGACGAAGGUGGUUCAGCACCAUUUUCAAUGAAUAUUAGUGGAAUAGUUAAUUUUCUACGUACAAAAGUUUCCAUUCCUAAUCCAGAAGUAUCAUUAAAACUAAUUAAGCAACCACAUUAUGGUCAUGUAAUGCUUCUGCCGGAUUUAAAUUUAACGGCUUACUCACGAAAUGAAAUCGAAAGCGGCAAACUAGCAUACUUCCAUGACCACUCUGACACAAAGAAAGAUCAAAUAGACUUUACCAUAUUUUUUUCACUUGGACAUGUGAUUCUCUGUAAUAUUUCGAUUCCAGUCGAUAUAACACCCAUAAAUGACGAGCCGUUCAAAUUAGAAAUAGUCAAUGCCAUUGAUGUUGUGCAAAAUCAGACGCAGACAAUAACCAGAGAUAAUCUUCUAACAACUGAUCCAGACACCGAUCCAAACGAUAUCAUUUACGAAAUAAUAAAUGCACCGACUUACGGAAGACUUCUUCUCUUAUCUAUGGAUCAAAAUUCUAAUACAGAUAUUCACCAGGCUCAAAAAUUUACACAGCAAGAUAUUGAUUCUUCGCGAUUGGUUUAUGAGCACAAAGGACCUUUAUUAUUAUCAACCUUUUACUUUCGUGUAUCUGAUGGUCGUUUCAAUCCCAUCUAUAAGAUCUUUAAUAUUAAUGUACAUCCUAUUAAACUUAGUAUUAGUAUUCUUAAACCAAUUGAUAUUCAGCAAGGCCUAACAUCGACAACGAUUGAUACGGAGAGCUUAAGACUAGACACGAAUGUACGACGGGAUUUGGUUAGUUAUGAGGUGACAAAACCACCGACGUAUGGAAGUUUGCAUGCUCGAGAACAGAUGUUAAAUUUUAAACACACAGAUUUACUUUCAAAAAGUGUUGUUUACGUACAGCAAGAUAUGACAGUUAGUAAUGAUAGUUUUGAGCUAUUAGCUCGUGUUAGUAACUUUGAGUUUCGUAAUGUACGUGUCCCCAUUCGGGUAGUGCCAUUAAUGAUAAUUAAUCAAAAUUUAGAAGUCUACGCUGGUGAUAGAUCGAAGCUUUCCAUAAUGUAUUUUGAUGCGAUGCCUCUGGCCAAGUUGGCAAAAAGUGAUCCUGCUUACAAAAUAACUAGAAAACCAAAAUAUGCUAAGGUCAUGCGUAUUAUUAACAGAACUAUGUCUUCCGGUGAAAAGAGAGGCUUGCAAGAGAAGGAGAUCACAAAAUUCUCUCACUCGCAAAUACUGUCGGGAUUAAUAUAUCUAGUGUGUAAGAAAGUACCCACGGAUGAUAUUCAAGGCGUAAUCGAUAAUUUUGAAUUUAUUUUAGCGGUUCCUCAAAGUGCGCCUCGAUUUCAGCCGGCUAUGGGUGUCUUUGAAUUUCGCGUAAAACUUGUUAGCGACUAUUACAAUAACUCACUAGACGGACCAAUGGAUCCAGUAGGCCACGAGGGAGAAAUGACCAUCGCUCCUAAUAUGAGUAACGACUAUACAGUACUUUUGGGCAUGCUCCUAGGAGUUCUUUUUCUAGGCAUUUGCGUGAUUGUGACGAUCAGAUGCCGACAAUCUAGAUACAAGAAUGCCGAAGAAGAAGACGAGGAAGACGAUCAAAACAAGAUUGAGCCUUCGUCACCUUCGGUGAUGCCUCUUCCAAGACCACCCGAUCAUCUGCUGCCUGCAACGCCGCAUCUUAAAAGAUACACCAACGAACAUCAUAAUAAUAUUUUAAGUUCGAGCACACCAUUACCUCCAAUGAUGCCUUCGCUAACCUCGACAUUACCGCAAUGCAAGAUAAUCCCUUUGAAUGCCAUGGAAAAUAUUGCUGAAUCGGAGGUAGAUAUAUCAGCGAGAUAUCCAUAUGGAGUAGCGGACGUUGAUGAAUUGAGCAGCUUCGAAACAACGGAUAUAUCUUGUCCCUCUCAGACAUCUCAGCAAAGAAUGACGUCAAAUCCUCUUCUAAGGAGAAAUCAGUACUGGGUCUAGCACGAAUGCCGUCCCCAGCUUCAACAAGCGGGGAGAUAUUCGUAGCGAAUACAAAAAACUACACAAAGUUCAAUGAGACAAUGUAAGAAUAAGUCGGUGAGAUAUCGACUUGAAGACGUAGAGAUUAGCGAAUAGCUACAAUGGCUUGAAUAAAUCUUUAUGAACAAGCUGCGAAGCAGACUCUCAAGUGUUAAAAUACGAACUACGAAAUUAUUGUGCCUAUUCGUGCUAAAAUUAUGUGUUAAUGAAAAUUUCCAUAAUGGAACUUUUCAUCACAAAGUACUGUGUGCGUGAACUUGUCGAUUGCAAAAUUCUCGAGCGCUGUGUGAUAUAAAAUAAAUUCAUCUCAUUCGUAUGAUCUUCAUGAUUAGGAAUCAUC